CAAAAAUGGCGGAUUCAACCUCUUAUAUCCUCUACAUUAUUCUCUUCUUCUUCUUCACCAUUCUCCUUCAAUAUCUCCUUCAAAGACCUUCCCAUGGCCGGCGCCCUCCGAGUCCGCCGGCGCUGCCGUUAAUCGGCCACCUUCACCAUUUCUCGCCAUCCGUUUGCAAAUCGUUCCACAAUCUCGCCGCCAGGUACGGCAAUCUUCUCUUCCUCCGACUCGGUAGAGUCCGAUGCGUCGUCGUUUCGUCGGCAUCAUACGCCGCCGAGAUCUACAAGAAUCAGGACAUUAAUUUCUCAUCGCGGCCGAAAUUCGCGUUCGGCGAUGAGCUGCCGUACGCGAAGGCAGGAUUCUUCGCGGCGGAGUACGGGGAUUAUUGGAGAUUCAUGAAGAAAUUGACGAUGACGGAGCUUUUAUCGCAGCGGCAAGUUGAGCGAUCGCGCGGUGUACGGAGAGAAGAAAUGCUGAAAUUGUUGAGGAAAUUGUGGGAGUGCGGCGAGAAGAAGGAGGCUGUGGAUUUGGGGGCGGAGCUCGUUAAACUCACCAACAAUAGCACUUGUAGGUUGGUGAUGAGUACAAGAUGUUCAGGUGAUGAUGAUGAUGAAGCGGAGAAGAUAAGAUUAUUGGUAAAAGAAACAUUCGAGAUGGCUUCAAAAGUAGCGUUCGGGGAUGUAUUUGGAUGGCCUUUAGAACGGUUAGCCUUUUGGAUGUUUGGAAGACAUGCGAAGGAUGUGACAAUGAGGUAUGAUGAAAUUUUGGAGAAGAUAUUAAGGCAACAUGAAGAGAGAGCAAGAGAAGAGGGUUUGGAUCGGGAAGAUACAGAUUUGAUGGACAUUUUGUUGAAGGUCUAUCAAGAUCACAAUGCUGAGUUCAAUAUCACUAGAACCAAUAUCAAGGCUUUCUUGCUUGAUUUAUUUUUGGGCGGCACCGGUACAUCAACAGAGGUAUCACAAUGGGCAAUGGCGGAGCUUCUGAACCAUCCCAAAGUACUCAACAAACUGAGAAACGAAAUAAACUCUGUAGUCGGAACCACCAGAGUCGUCGGAGAAGACGACCUCCCAAAUCUCCCUUACUUACAAGCCGUCGUAAAAGAGGCUCUCCGCCUCUACCCCGCCGUCCCAAUUGCUAUGCGAGCCUGCCGUCAAGACUGCAAAAUCGACGGCUUCGACAUCCCAAAAGACACAAUGGUUGCAGUCAACCUGUUCGACAUAAUGCGAGACCCAAAAAUCUGGCAAAAUCCCAACGAAUUCGACCCCGAAAGAUUCACCGGCGAUGUUCGGUAUGAGAUUAAGGGGCAGCAGAGUUUUGAUUUCGUUCCCUUUGGUGGGGGAAGAAGGGCCUGCCCUGGCUCUACUCUGGCCUUCAGUUUCAUUAGCAAUGUGAUUGCAGCCAUGGUUCAGUGCUUUGAUUGGAAGGUUAUUGGAAGAGAUGAUAAUGGAGAUGGAAGAAGUAAAGUGAAUAUGGAGAUUGGAGCUGCCUUCACUUUGCCUAUGGCUAAUCCUCUUCUUUGUGUUCCUGUUGUUCGCUUCAACCCUUUAAUGACACUCUGAAUUAAUGAGGAAGCUCUGUUUGGAAGACAUGGAAAUGGAGGUAUGUAUGAUUUUGAAAAACGCAACUCUUUUCGAAUUCAAUUAAUGUGGACUGUGAAAUUGGAUUGGGUCAUACACUUACUUGUCUUCCCAUAAGUAUAUAGUUGGGUUUUUAAAUGAUAUAAAGGUUUUCGU